AUGUGGAAACUGCUCUCUCUAGUGUUGAUCGGCGUGGUCUCAGGAGAUCCAGUUAAGGCAAUGUAUCGAAAUUUCUACGGAGUUGGAACAACUGAUCUCAUUGAUCUCACUAAAAUGAGGUGUCUGUUGGAGAAGCAUUACGAGUUUGUGUUUCUGCAGCUUUUCAAGGACGGCCAAGGGGAUGAGAUUGGAUUGAAAAACCUGGCAUUGACGGAGAAUAGUAAGUUUCUAAGCAGAAUACCGAAGAGGUAUGGGAAAUUGUCAGCAGCGUUAUUAAAGUAGGCGUUAACGGAGUACUGAGUAGCAGCCCUUGACUUUUAGUCCACAUAGUGAAAAACAGGUAGGGCUACGACGUUAUUUUGUUAUUUUAGAUUAGCCUGUUUAAAAAAUAAGCCCGGCGAUUUUAAGGCUUUUCAAGCGUAGGCCGGACUUGGUCGGCCUUUUGACCGUACCUGAAAAUCCUAAAACCCUCAAAACUGUUCCUUUUCUUAUGAUCCGCCGGCCCUAGAUGGCUGACAAUUGUGAGAUCCAGCUCCAACUCACAAGAAGUGUCUUACUUUAGCUUUAGAAAUUUAUAUUGCCGAAGGGGUUUAAUGAGACUCCUUCAGGUUCCCUAUACACCGAACUGUACGUCAUUCCUGAUCCUUCGAAGCCUGCGGCCAAACAGCUCAAUGAUAUUGUUGCUUUCGGCAAGAAAAACAACUAUGAGUUCAACUUUCUCUGGUUCCAAAUCACUGAUCCUCUCAGAUGGAACAGCCUGAAAGAAAAGAAUGUGAUUUUUAUAAACCAAUUUGCUGCAGCUGCAAAAGUAAGCGUCGAUUUUAUUAUAUUUAUAACAACCGCAUCUGAAAAAGCGUAUAAAACAACAUUGCAGGCUCAAGGAAUUGAAUUGGGAUACUUCACGAACUGGUACGAUUACAAGCAAAUCACCGAUAACUCGCAGAAAAUACAAAGCAGAGACAUCUUCUAUUGGAAUACAUUGGGGUCGGGGCCAAGUGCCGAGACUGCCAAUAAUGUCAACGAUUUUCGGCCGUUUGGGCCGUUCAAGGGCGAUCCCUUUGCAAAACAAUAUGGAAUCGACGAAGAGGAGUGUGGAUUGAAAGUCACCAAAAAUGUGCAUUACGGAGAUGCAGUUCCAUUGCUUUCACGACGUAAAAGCUUCGUUAGAAUUUCUGGAAAUGUGUGGUGAUAAGUUGAAAUAAAAUUUUGAUUAGAACUUGAAUUAAUAAUCGCUUUAAUUCUCAGAGUUGUCCAUCUUCUACAGACCACAGGUCUAGACUAUUCAUAGAUUUCAGACAAUUUUAGCGUUCGCUUUGCAGAAAGAGCCGAUAUAUACAUAAUAUCUAUCUUUGACGCGCCCUCAGGCCCAGCCAAGUUACCGGUAGCAUUGCCAAGGUCUUCGGCAAGGCCCCUCAAUUCUUAUUUUUUUAACCGAGUAGCUUUGGCGACAUCUCUUCGCUGAGGUAAUGCAAAGAUAUCCCUGUGAUGAUGUUUGUCCUUCUCAAACUACACUUCUUAUCAUAACAGUGACAAAAACCAAUUGCUUCUUUAUUUUUAUUCGCCUCUUUGGUUUUGGGACCUCUCCGUUUUGGGGUUCUCUUCGUUUUGAGUCCUCCUUGGUUGGAGGACUUCUUGGGUCUCAAUCUUUAGCAACCCAUUCGCAUAAACAAUGCAAAGAUAUCCAUGCGCUGAUAUUUGUCCUUCUUAAACUACAUUUCUUAUCAUAACAGUGAAAAAACUAAUCGCACCUUUAUUUGGUCGUAUACAAGAUUCGAAGGCCUAUUUUCAAAAGUCAAUUCUCAGUUUGAUUCAAAUGCUGCAGGUGUUCUUUCUUUCCUUUCUCUCAAUUUUUACUGGGAUUCCAACAAUAUCUCCGCGAUACAUCCACGGGAUUGGCACUACCGACGAAAUAAACGAUGAGCAAAUUGAAUGUUUGUUGAACCAAAACUAUAAAUUCGUCUAUCUUCGGAUCUUCAACAACGGCGAGGGCGAUGAAAUUGGGAUGAAGAAUGUUUUGAAAGUCCGGAAAAGUAAUGCCACAAGAUAAAUCGCUAAAUCCUUUGCAUUUUAGCUAAUUUAGAAUAUUUUGUUUAUGUCACUCCGGACACGAAGAGCUCUGCCGAUCAGCAAGCCGAAGAUCUUUUAAAUUUUGGGUACAAGCAUUGCGCGGAAUUCCUUUUGUUGUUCCUGGAAAUCACCGAUCCGUUGCGGUGGAAAACAAAUAAGCAGAAAAACGUCGAUUUUAUUAACGAAUUCGUUGAUGCUUCAGAGGUAAUCCCUUACGAGGACAUUUUCUAUGAGAUUUCUGCUGUUUAUGUCGGCCUGUCGAAAAAAUAGUAACUGAAGCGAAAAGCAGUUUUUCGAAUGCCACAGUGUGCUCAUUGUUUUCCGGACAGACUGAUGGUAAAAACAACUUGCUCCAUUUUGAUUUUUCCGCGAUAACUCUUGGACUUUUCAGUCUCGCGCCAUGCGGGUUGGAUUCUACACUAGCUGGUACGACUACAAAGUAAUCACAAAUAACUCCAAUCAAACUACUAACGACAUUUUAUUCUACUGGAACACGCUCGGAGCUGGACCAAACGCCGAGACAGCCAGCAACAUCAAUGAUUUCCGACCGUUUGGGCCUUUCAAGGACCUGCCAGCCCUCAAGCAAUAUGGAAAGGGCCAGCAAAAUCGUCUACGACAAUGA